AUGGCGAGCCCCGCGCGCCCGCAGCCGGAGCCGGCGGCCCCCGGGGCGUGGGGCGGCGGCGCGGCGGGGGAAAGGCUGCUGCUGCUGGAGCUGCGCUGCGCCCGGUCGCCGUCCUCCGGCUCGGAGGAGGAGGAGGAGGAGGAGGCGGGGGAGGAGGCGGCGGCCGCGGGGGAGGACUGUUGCCCCAAGUGCAAGAAGCGGGUGCAGUUCGCGGACUCGCUGGGGCUGAGCCUGGCCAGCGUGAAGCACUUCAGCGACGCCGAGGAGCCGCGGGUGCCGCCCGCGGCGCUGCGCCGCCCGCACAGCCCGCCCGCCGAGCCGCGCGACCCGCCGGAGCCCGGCGCUGCGCCGGGGCCGCCCCGCCAGCCGCCCUCCCUGCGCCUGGAGCCCGACUUCCCCGACGGCGGCGAGCCGAGCGCCGAGCGGCUGCGGCGGCAGCGCGUCUGCCUGGAGCGGCUGGGGCGGCCCGCGUUGCCCUCCGACGUGCGGGGCACGGUGCGGGCGCUGCGCGGCUCCGGGCGCGGCGAGGUGACGGUGCGCUACACCUUCAACGAGUGGCUCUCCUUCAUGGACGUCCCCGCCUCGCCGCUGCCCCCCGCCCCCGCGGACGGCUCCGAGCCGCCGGCCGAGCGCUUCUCGUUCGCCCUGUGCGUGCCGCCCAGCCUGCGGGAGGGCUCGGCCCUUCACUUCGCCAUCCGCUACCGCGGCGCGCACGGCGAGCACUGGGACAACAACGACGGCCGCAACUACACGCUGCGCUGCCGCCGCGACCCCGAGGGCUGCCCGGAGGCGGCCGCCGCGCCCCGCGACUGAGCGACAGCCGUGCGGCCGUCGGGGGGCUGAAGUAGGAACGGGGCGCUGCGGGACGGUUCCGCGUCGAGAGAACGAGGAGGCUGAGCGGGACCUCCGUGCCGCUCCCCGCCCUGCCCGAGGCCCGGAAGGACGUCCGCGGAUGGGGCCCUGCCGAGCACGGGCUGCCUUCGCCGGGGCGGAGGAGCAGUUAAAAAUAGUGGCCGAUAGCGAGUUAUCGGGAGAGCUUCGAUAACAGCACCCCGCAGUCACGUGCUGUGCGCUGGAAGAUGGUGUCUGUCUCGCAGGCAGUUCGGUGCGGCUGUGCUGGGGAGGGCGAUGACAUGGACGGCCUUGUGACAGCACAGUGACAGUGUGGUAGGGAGGGGAUCUCGCUAAGCAAAUGCUUCGCUUCAGCUCUCCUUAUGUUACGUUUUGCACCACGCUUUCAAGUGCUUUUAAUUUAUUCAGCUCAUUUUGCAACAUCUUUUCCAGUAUUCGUGCUUUGUUGGGUUUGGGCACUUAACCUACAGCCUUUCACUCUUGCAUUGCAUUGCACUGCACGCCUUGAGGUUGGCACUGCUGUGUCCCAAGUCCUGACAUUUGGCAAAAAAGUACCAUUUCAAAUGGCUUUGUUAGAAUAAAACACUUUCGGAAAGCUCACCGACACAAACCCUUUUUUUCUGCAUCUUCUGAACAGCAGAACGUGUGUGUUAAUCCUGCCCUGUGCCCUGUCGAGGCAGCUCAUGCAGAGCUGCGGUGUAAGGAGGCUCUUCUGUCACAGGGUUCUGUGGAAGAUGUGAUGGCUGCUCUGCAGCUUGACUUGUAUUAUUUUAGUAUUAUUAUUAUUAUUUUUUUUUCCUGAUGAAAAAACAGAUGAGGUGUUACCUGGGUGCAGAAAAUGCUGUGGCAUAUAUAUCCCAUACCUGAAAUGAGUCUUCGGCUAAGCUGCCUUUUCUGCAAGCUGGUGCAAAGCUGUUGUGCACUGCUAGGUUACAGGACAUGGAGUAACGCAGUGUGCAUUAGCCGCUGGUAGUUGUACCAGUGAAAUAACAUGCUCUUAAGCUGAUAUGUGAUGCCAAUCGAGAUAGGUGGAUUGUUCUUUUAAGUACAGUGUAACAGCUCAGACUCGUGCAGUGCAUUCCUUAUUCUGUGUUUUGUUCAUGAAAUGCUUUAGAGAAGAAGUUUCACCAAUGAAGGGCUGGCCACAUAGAAGAAUUGUAGCUGCAGGCUGCAGUUAUGUGUAGAGGGUGAGAAACAUUUUCUGCUAUUCUGUAAGCUAUGGAUAAUGGAUGUGAAACAUCCAGAAAGUGUAACAUUUACGUGUAGUCUGAAAUCCAAAAUGCAGGGGUAAAAAUAUCCUGGAAAUGAUGAUUAAAGCAGAACAUUUUUAUGUUUGGCAACAAGUAAAAUGCUUUAAUUUCUUACGCAAUUCACUCCUUGUGAAAGAGGAAACUUCUCACAGACAGGACUCAAACAUAACCACUUUUUAAUAUGCAGAAUGAUUUUUCCCCCUGUAUUUUAGUGCUGCAGGCUGUGGAGACACAAGGCCACACUGUUACAUGGGUACAUAAGACAUGUAUGUACCAAAUGCUGGCAUCCGAGAACCAAAAUGGCACAGGGUUGGUGCUCGUGGUCAUAGCUUGAGAUUCACUGCUUGUACCUUCAUUAUCAAAGAAAUAUAUUCAAAUUGAAUUAGUUCUAAUUAUAUAAAAUGCGAAAGUCCAGUAGAGUCAGAUGUUAAGUGAAACAUGCUUCUUGUUUGGUUGCAUUACUAUUAAUGUAAGAUUCUAUAGGGAUUGGGGGCAUAAGUUUUGCAGAACGUGCUCAUAAGCACAUUCCCCACCCCAACGUCAGAAAUAAAAAAUAAUACAGAUUUGGUAGCACUCUUGGAUAAACUGCAGCUGUAAAGAUUUCCAGUUCAUGCAGAUUUCUUCUUUUCUUUUUCCCAUGGUCUAAGGGCAUAAUGGAAAAAUAGAUAUAAAAGUUUUUUUUAUAGGUGUAAAUAUAAUAAAUAGCAAAUAGUUGGACCUCUAUAUUGGGUUACUGUGAAGGAUGUCAAAGUAAGUGGGUGUUUUUUCUUUAUAACCAUGUUUAUAUUCAGAUUGAAAUCAGAAAGGACUGAAGUUGCCCCGAAGCACUACAGACUUGCAUGCAGGCUGCUUCUGUUUCAUUUGAAGCUUUCAGUCAGAGCUUGAAAGUGAGGCGUUUGCUCCCAUUGACUUCCUGGGAUCUGGAUCCAUCCCAGGUACUGCACAAAGACGGGAAAUGAUUGAGGUUUAAUUGUCUGUUGCCAGACCUGUGUUAUGUGGCACUGUGAUGAAUGUUCAUCUGCGAGAGCUGAAAACCUGCCAUCUAGGCCUGGCAGUAAUUAAAUCACCUUAAUUGUUUUUAUGAUUCUUUCUAAGAGAGGAAAAUUACUUGCCUUGCAUUAGCAUAUUUCCAAAGGCUGGUAUAAAUAUUUAUGUGGUGCACUCUUUUAGUAGAAAGCCUGUGCAUUCUUCACAGGUUUCCACAGUUCUCUUCUUCUGAAUGUAGAACAGUCGUAUGAAUGCACUGCUUACAUCACUUCCUCACACCCCUUGUGAAGCUUCAGUAGUUAAUGGGCUUAAUGGUAAAAAAAAAAAAAAAAAGGAGAGUUGUUUA